AUGUUCCAUGCCCUCUGCAGGAAGGUCGGAGCCGGAGCCGGAGGUUUGGGGGGGUUGCUCCGCGCAGCGGACGACGAGAAGGCACAGGACAACCUCGACGGCGAGAAAGCGAAGCUGCCACCUCCAAAGCCGGGCUCUGGCUGGAUCAAUGAUGUGGUUGCUCGGGCCACGCAGCAUGAGAAUGCAGCUUCCGAUUCGCUGUUGCAGCUGCUGCGGCCGCGGCUGCAGAGGCAGCUGCUGGACAGCAAAUUGCCCAGUUUCAACUACACACCGAUUGUGGAGGCCGUAAACUCCGAGAACCUGCAGAAGGAGCUCGAAGAGGUGGCGGUCAUCUUCUGGAAGACCGCUUCCAAGAAGGGCACGGAGGGUCCGGAGCCCCUCAGUCGCUUCCGUCAGCAGGUCGAGAGGAUCCUGGAGCUGAAGCGCCAGGCCGCAUUUCUCAAGGAUGAAAGCGAAGCUAGCUGGCGCCGUCGCUUCAUCAUAGAAACACUGCAAGCUCAUCGCAUACUGGAGAAUAGAGAAAGCUUGGAGUCGAAGCUCGAGAGGCAUCAAGACUUCUGGCCGAAGUAUCAUCAAGUCUGCCGGCAUUCGGAGGAACUGGCAGAGCUGGUGCCCUCUGCGGUGAUUGAGGCAGAGUUGGCGUCGGACACGAAGGAUUCGCCUUCGCGAUGCGCAGGUCGACUGCAGCAGUUGGGAUUGCAGGGGCCGGCAGAUUGGAAGACCCGAGCAGCCAGGAGCAGGGCCGGGCGCCGUGCCACGCGCUCCCCCACAGAGGUGCCCUCACAGCAUCAGAUCCACAAUGACCAGUCUCCCCCCCGGCGGUGGCAGGAGUUGCUUGACAACGUGGCAGUUCCUGACUCGACUUGCAAGAAGCUGCGGCACAUGAUGAUACGGAGGCCUCAACUGGGCAAAGGGGGCCACUCAAGGUCACUGGCGCCACGCAGAUCGAAGUCACCAGCGGAGGCACUGCCAAACGCACAUAGCAGAACGCCGAACCGAAAGAGAUCCCACGGGAGCAAGCAGGCCGUGAAGCCAGCCGAUCUGCUCAAGGACGGAAACAUCCAGAGCUGGGCAGACCUUGGCCUCGCCAGGGUCGCGAAAGAAGCAAGGCCCGAACCGGAGCCGAGCAUCGAUCAAGGAGGUUUGCCGCACGAGCUCAAGGACCACCUCUCCAUGCGCAGUCCCGGCAGCCCAAGGUGCCGGAGGCCGUCCGUCAGGGGCAAGCCCUUUGUGCCAGAUGUGUCUCCAGUGCUCAAAAGGCCAGCUUCCGCUUGCGCCCUUCGCACCUUGAAGGACUCCACGUCUAUGAUUUAUCUUCAGGUUUGCGAGAAUCAGAAAGUGCUGCCAAGGCCAGCGCCAAUACUGACAGGCCACUCUUCCAAGCUCGAUGCACGGCAUCAGGGCCUCACAGAUGACGAGCUGGAAGCGUGCCGCAUCGCCAUCGCUGCUCUCUCCAAGGUCGAGACAGUCGACCUAGAGGGGAAUGUCCAGCUCACGGAUGACGCAGUUGCCAAGUUUCUCGUAUCCUUAGGCAAAGGCCCUGGCCAUACACUAACUUUCCUCAGCUUGAAAGGAUGCACGGGAGCUUCCUUCCUCACUGUCAGCUCCAUGCUGAAGCUGCUCGAGGGCCUGUCGCCAGCUUUCGACGCGCUCCAACAUCUGGACUUAAGUGGCCUCAAGUUUGGAAUGCAGGCUCUUGGCAAUUUCUGUGAUCUGGCGGGACGGCAUCCAGCUCUGCAGACACUUCUUGUCGCUGACGUCGGACUUGGCGCAACAGGUGCCUCCGUUUCAUCCCGAUGGAUUCACAAUUUGCUGGCAAGUCAGACUCUUCGAGAGCUUGACUUGGGCUGGAAUCUCCUGGACUCAGAGGUCUUCAUGAGCUUGGGCCAGAGCGUGCAGCAUAGCCGCCUCCGCUGCUUGCGCAUUUCCAGCUGCGCAUCCGCGCAUGGAGCCUCAGACAUUGGCAAGCCAGCGGCAACGUUUUUGGAAUACUUGUCCAGUUCGUGCCCGCUGAAAGAGCUGGACAUCUCGCUGAAUCACAUCGACUAUCGGGCAGCCCUAGUGCUAGAGGAUUUACUGUCCGAGAAUCGACAUUUAACUGCGCUCGAUAUCUCCUUCAAUCCGAUCGGACCAGUUGGGAUGAGGAGCUUCGUGCGCUUGCUUUUGCGAGAGCGGUCAGGCUUGCAUCGCGUCCGUUUCGAAGGUUGCGCUAGCGGCAAACAUCCGGUGGACGAUCUGCAGUUCAUGAAUGCCAACUGUCCGGGUGCACGCUACUUUCUGCAGCUGGAUCGCCCUGAUCAUCGAUCUGUUCUCAGGAUGCUCUAUAAAACCUGUGACGAACUGAAAGUGAAUCCUGGCGAGGCUUUCUUUCACGUGCAGUUUUCCGAGGGCGCCUACAAGCAUCCUGACGUCGGGGCCGAUGGUAUCUACGCAGUUCCGCGAAAGGGGAGGUUGCAGGCCACCUUCAAGAUCGAGAAAGCCAUACAUCAGCACUUGAAGGUGGAAGAGGAUGACUUCCUUGGCUUCUUAAGGCUGCGCAAUGACCUGAUGAGGCUGUGCCCGUCGGACAACAAGCAGUUGUUGCUGCUUCAUGCCUGGAGGGCCGUUUCAGAUGUUGAUCCAGAUCAGGGCGUCUUUCUCGAUGCACUUGCACGCGACGUUGUUUUGCCGUUUGCUGUCGCUGAGCGGAUGUGCAGAUCCUGCUUAUCUCCUGCUGAAGUCGUAUCCAAGCUCUUCCCUGCCCUUCGUGCUUGCGCUUCCGAGAGAUGUUUGAUACUUAUGAUUGCUCGCUCCAUCCCCGACGUGACGCAGAUCCUUCAACACGCACGGCCUCUGAUGUUCUUCAACAUUCAGAAUCCAACUGGACACUACAGGCUGGACCUGUCGCAUCCAGCGGAGCAUUCCAUUGCCGAAGCGCUGGUGGUGCUGGACUCCUGGGAGUCUGCAAUCAGGAUUCGGCAUCGCCACGUCGACACCUCCCAGUUUGGCGACUGGUCCCAGGUCCGGAACAUUGCCUUCCGCGGCAGCCCACUUCAGGGACCGAUGACAGAGUGGCUGCUGCCCGAGGCCGGCAAGCUCGAACUGGAUUACUCCAGCUCAGCGAGACCACCCGAAGGAGCACAAGUUCUGGAUGACAAAUCCUUUCGAAUCAUGCUCAUUGCUCUACAGGAUCAAAACUUCCAGAAGAAGGGCAGCCCGAGCGGUGCAGGUCCCGACCAGGCGAAGCUGCCGCGGGACGACAUGCAGGCGCUUCGAAUGGUGGCACACCAGAUUUACAUUACCGCGCUGCAAACUCGAGCCCUGUUGGAGUGCUUUAUGGAUCCCUGCGACAGGGAGGACUGCUUGAUCACUUUCUUCAACCGUAUUGCUGACAUGCACAACGAGAAGGUCUUCUCAGUUCGCUUCGAAGGUGAUGACGAGCAGGUCAACCGGCUUCGUACACGACUUGGUUCACUCGUUUUUUUUCCGUGGGUUCAGCCGGAACAGGCGAGGUUUGUCUUCCAGCUGGACAGGUUUGAUGAGCGUACAGCGCUAUGUGCUCUCAUCAACCUUGCGAAGAAGGAGCGUAUGACUAACAUCCAAAAGCCAAGAUGGGUGCGGGGUGAUGGAUCGGUGGAUCCGCUGGUGAUGGGCCUACCACGCAGCUGGGAGACAAUCUCGCAGAUCCCUGAACAUGGUACCGUGUCCAUGAGCUACAAGUGUGCGCCGGAGGAUCGGAACUUCAAGGUCCGGAAGAGCUUCCUGCAAACAUACAGCAACUGGCCUUGCGACGUGAACAUGGAGCAGGUGCUGUGGUGGGCCUCCACGAACGAAGUGCCUGUGGAUGUCAUGGAAUUUCUCGAGUUUAUCAUCGAAAGGUAUGACAACGUCUAUGAGGCUUUCGAUGACAUCAAGAGCAAGAAUGCACAGGUCUUGAACCACCGAGAUUUUGAGGAGGGCCUCAGGAGGGUGAAGUGCAAGAAGUUCAAAGGCCGGCGUGAAGGCGACAAGAUCACAGGCAUUUUCCGCUACUUGGAUCCGAGUGGUGAGGGCCAAGUCACUCGCAGUGAAUGGGGUAUACUCGAGCUUUGUCACAAGGAGAUGGUGUACUCAAUACAGGAGUUCGUCCACUUCUGCAGCCGGUCGUUUGGCAACGAUCUUAACGCUGCCUGGGCAGUCUUCGACGUAAACGGGGACAACUUCAUCUCUGAAGCGGAGUGGGUGACAGUGGCAAGAUCCUUUUCCUACUUUGGGCCAACACUACCCAUCUUCCGCUUCCUGGACCGGGAUGACGAGGGAACAAUUUCCUUCGAGGAGUUCGAGGAGUUGCAGAAAUUUCGAGAACCACCGCGGCCCGAUGUCCAGGCUAUGAUCCACAGCCGGGACUUGCUGCGAGCGAACGGUGCUGCCAUGCAGGAGCUGCCAGCAACUCGCAUACAUUUGCGAGCACGACUGGCACGAGCACGAGCAGCUCUCGCAGGUGGGCGUCUUGCACCCCAGACAACUCUGGUCGACGAGGUCAUUCUGGCCAACUUGCAGGCCAUGCCCAAGUCCACUUCUUCUUCACUUGGCCUGCGGGUGGCAACUGCUUUACAGCGACUGCUCUCGGCAUGUGGGGUCCAGACCGGCCGAAUCAGGGUGCUCAAGGUCAACUCGUUCAAGGAUGGACAACGCGAGCUGCUAUGCGACAUCGGAAUUCCAUCAUCAUCGUCACCAUGUGCUGUCGUGCGACUUCUAGAGAGAGCCCUCUUCACUGAAGAGGCGCAGAGGCCCGAAUCAGUAGGCCUGCUGCACGUUCUUCGUGCUGUCAGUGCCCAAAUCAGCACGCUGAAGGUGGAAAUCAGGCCAUCCAAGGAAAGGCUGGUCAACAGCCUUCGCAUGGCCAUCCCCAAAACAGUCAUCCUCCCGAGAAGAGUGGAUGCCGUGAUCCAGGCGGCUUUGAAGUCAUCGAGGGUCUACAGGCCUGUUUUGGAUACGCUUCACAAAGAGGAGCCAGACGAGCUUGCGAACUUGCUUCUCAGGCCGAACUUGUGCCUCCACGGUGGGCACCUCGUUGCCGAGGAGCCGCAAAUCUUGAAAGACACCACCUGGCACGGGGUGCGGGAGCUUUCUGGCUUGCUUGCCAUCAGUCAAGCAGCGCACUCUCAGCUCAAGGACUUCCUCGCCCCAGGCACAACCUGGGCGAAGAAUGCUUUUGGAGAGGUCGUGUCACGGCACCCAUGCCGGGCAUGGCAGUCUGGCCCAGAGUCGCUCAUUCCCAAUGCUCUUCAUUUUGAUCCAGGCAUCAAGAAGCGUGAGCAGAUUGUCGAGGAGGUUCUGCUGUCACAAAGAGCUUACGAGCUCCAGGACACCGCCGCACACGACCUGUGGGCUUCACGUUUGCACCUCCAUUUCGAUACGCUGGCAGAUCUUUGCCACGGCCUGGCUUGCGCGGAGCGUUCGCUAGACAUACUUUGGCUUCGAAACAGGUUUCGUGAGCCAGAUUGCUUCGGGUACCCAUGUGUGCAGCUGGGAGUCCGACAACGUGUCCAAGAUCCGCGACACAUGUCCAGGGAGUGUCUGUGGGAUCACAUCAGCAAGAUCACCUUCCAUCACAAUUCCCUUUUCGAGGCCAAGGCAGGAGAGGAGGCCGUGGAACUACGCGAGGAGCUUCAUGCGGCGCUAGCUGCUUGCGGGAUUCGCAGCCAUCUGAGCACGGCCAAGGCAGCCGUUGCACAUGUUCUCGAUUGCACCGAACGGCGGAUGCGAGGGAGCUGCGAUGCGGAGCUUGAGCGGGUGAUGGCCUUUCUGGAGCGGUACUCAAAGCAGUUGGGCGAAGAGGAGAAAGGACCUGCAAAGGCACUAUUAGAUGAGGCCAUCCUGCAAGCAAGCAAAGCUGGUUGUGCUGCUGAUGAGAUCAAGGCCAAACUUUCUCGCUGCCUGAGCCAGGAGGUUCGGAGCGCUUUGGGUGAGUCGGAGGUGCCAGAGGAAACCGCCCUCGUCACUUCCUCCCAGCGCCCGGUGCUGACAAGGAUUCGGGCACUUGUGAGCAAGUUCAAAGUUGAGAUGAUACAGUUCUUCUUCAGAGAUGGCUCGAAGAAGGUGUAUCAGGCUCGAGCUUUGGUUGGAGACGCUCGUCCAAAGGAACCAGGUGGCAAUGGCAACAGCAGCCGUGAAACAGAAGAACUUGCUUUCGACCUGCAAAAGUCCGACUACAUUGUCGCAGUCGAGCAGGCAGCUGUUGGAAACAGUGGCAGUUUGGGAGCUCAGCUGCUUUUCAUCACCGCUAGCAGCCGAACGCUCUACGUGGUGGGCCAAAGCCAUCGCAAGAGAGAGCCGUUGCCGAGCAGAGUUCGAGUGGAUGUUCAUGCUGGAGAACAGAUCGUUGGCUUGCAGGUAGAAUUUGGAAGGAUCAUUGGCGUCGAAACAGCCCUUGAGCCAGCCGUCGCCGACUGCGACUCCGAUUUGCAGGAAUAG